CGCUCUGUUCGUAUUCGGAUGUAUAAUGGUGAUAACAAAAAAUAUAUUUCAAUAGUCAUCAUUAUCUUGUGGAUUAUAUGUGUUUAUAGAGUUACUUAAUUAUAAAUCACCAUGUUAAUUUUUUACCCAUAAGGAUUUAUAAGCAGUAUGAUUUCAGAACAAACGCUUUUUGUGAUUCGUUAAUCGGGAUAGCCUUCAUUGGAAUAGAGUAGAAAUGGCGCCUCUUUCAUUUUGUACGCAUGCGCUCCACUUCGGAGAUAUCAGCUUGUGUUGCUUUUGGUGAAAAUGAGAAGAAAAUUGAAUCGAAACAUGCCUUUUAUUUUGGAUAUUAAUAGCAAGCUUUCAUCAUUUACUGGGACUAGACAAUGUUUUAAGUGGUCCAAGAACUCCAACUAGUUGCGAUAAGCUUUCCAUCCCGACUCCCAGAAUGGAUAGCUACAGAUUGUCAUUGGCCACUCUAGAAGAUACCCAAGACAUUGAAUUAGAUGCAAUUUUGGGAGAGCUCUGUGCCUUAGAAAGCUCGCUGGAUCCAGAUCUCCUGCACAGAGGGCAUGCUCGUAGCGUCAGCACUGUCAUCCAGAGUAAUAUUACUGGCGAAAACAUUCGCUAUUCAACUUCAGGGAUGUCUGUUGCUCAGGAGGUUACGCCUCCAACCUCUCAAUCUGGCCAUAAGCGCUUCUUUACCCACCGGCGCUCUAGUUCUGGAGGCACAAAAUCAAAAUUCGAAAUUGGUGGCGAUUUAGACUGUGAUCAAGUAAAGGGACACAAGAUGGAAUUGAGCGUGAGGACUGAUAGUCCAGAUAAUGACUCUGCUUUUUCAGAUAGUGUUUCUAUGCUUUCUUCAGAAUCAUCUAUUUCAUCCGGAGGGAGGACUGAUACCGGAAUAUCUAGUCAAGGUUCAUCCAAAACUAACAGCAUAGCAUUAGUUCCAUCUCCAACUCAACUAUUAGAUAACAUAUCUAGACGAUUACGAGCCUUAAAAGUUGAAGUGGAAAAAGAAAAUUCACCACCAGCAGAACAGGCUGCUCGUAUUAAAGCUGAAAAGAUCAGGAUUGCUUUGGAGAAAUUAAAAGAAGCCAGUAUUAAGAAGAUCUUUAUUAAAGCUUUCAGCGCUGAUAACAGUGCUAAGAGCUUGUUGGUUGAUGAAAGGAUGACUGUGGGACAAGUUUGUCGUCUGCUGGCAGACAAGAAUCAUGUCCCUAUGGAUCCCAGGUGGUCUCUUGUUGAACAUAUACCAGAGUUAUUUAUGGAAAGAAUUUAUGAAGAUCAUGAAUAUGUUGUUGAAAAUCUGUUACUGUGGGCUAGAGAGUCUCCAAAUAAAUUGCAAUUUUUUGAAAGAGAUGAAAAAUAUGACUUAUUUAUUAAUCCUGAGGAGUACCUUUUAAUGGGUAGUUCUUCUGAAAGAGGAUCGGAUAUGGAUGAUGAUGCAAAAACCGCUCUUCUUGAAGAAUUUUUUUCUUCAUCAAGUGUUCCUGAAGUUGAAAGUGCAUUAUAUUUAAAAAGUGAUGGCAAAAAAGCGUGGAAGAAACAUUAUUUUGUUCUCAGGGCUUCUGGUAUUUAUUACUGCCCUAAAGGUAAAUCCAAGUUAUCAAAAGAUUUAAUAUGCUUAACAACUUUUGAAAUGAACAAUGUAUAUACUGGAUUUGGUUGGAAAAAGAAAUACAAAGCACCAACUGAUUUUGGUUUUGCUAUAAAACAUCCCCAAAUACAAACAAAAUCAUCUAAAUACAUAAAAUAUUUGUGUGCUGAAGAUGAACAGACUUUACGUCAGUGGGUAAUGGGAAUACGCAUUGCAAAAUUUGGGCCUAUAUUAAAAGAAAACUAUGACAAUCUUAUGAGAGAUAUUGUUGAAGAAGAUUUGGAAACACUUGCACAUGCACGAAGUUUCUCGGUAUCAUCGAUGGCUAAAACACUUGCUGUAAGUUCAGAUAGUUCUGGCAGCUCAGGUAGUCCAGAUAGACAAGAUAUUUCUCUUGAAGAUGUUGUUUUUUCUGGUCCUCACCCUGCCUCUCUAACACCAGAACAGUCUGAAGCUGAUGUUUUAAGUAAUCGCAGCUCAGAAUCGACACCUACACCCACACCAAUGGAGUGGACAAAUCCUCGAGGAUCUAUGUUUCGCCAUGAUUCUGUGAAAUCAAGUAGCAGUAGUAGUGGAUGUAUGUCAGAACGAUCUAGUGUUAGUACUCCAACAGCAGAGCAAGUACCAUUUGAACCUAACGAUAUGCCUCUAGGAACUUUAAAAAGGAAACCAAGCAUGACUCCCAAGAUUCCGUUAACUAACACAACUCGUAGCAUUGUCAAGCAGUCUGAUGAUAGUUUGCCUCCAUCUCUGGCUUCUGAUAGGCUGUCUCAUAGUAAUAGCAUUGGAAGCAACUCAACUCUGUCCAAAACUCUGGGUCGUAGAUUCAGCUUACGUCGCUCUCAAACUGAAGAUCAAAUCAUGGUUAAUGGGAUUAUGAAAAGUCUUCAAAGAAAAUCAUCUGAAGCAGCAGCUUUUAAUCCAGAUCAUUUGGGUGGGUUUACACUCCCUCCACCGCCAUUAAGUGUAAGUACUUCAAUUGAAAGCUUGGAUAUUGCACUUCUUCCACCACCACCACCUGAAGCCUUCAGAGGAAGUACUGCAAGUCUUGAUUCUCUACCUCCACCUCCACCACCUUUAGAUUUAUCAGAAGAAUACAGUUGGCCAAGCACCUCAAGUCUUAAUUCACUACCUCCUCCUCCUUCACCACAAACUACUCCUACUAAAGAAAGACAUCCUAAAGCUAAAGUUCCAGCUUCUCCGGUUAGAGACAGACCUCCUUUGUUUAUACCUCCAAAAGCUAGAAAUGCUGAUCGUCGCAUGUCUGAAGCAGAUAUUCAACAGCCUCUCCCAUUUUUGGCUGAACUAAAAGGAGUGUCAAGUUUGUCUCGAGGUUCCACCAAACCAAUGCAGAGAGCCCUUGUUGACAAUGAAAUGUGGAGAAAUAAUUCUAAUAAAUUUGGCAUUUUGCCAUCUUCAAAUCCUAAUACCAUGGUAGAUAGACGGGCCAGUGCUCCUCAAGUUCCCAAAACAUUGGACAUUGUACCUAAUUUGCCUCUUAACUCUGUGCCACCUCCACCACCACCCCCUCCUCCACCCCCCACUUCUACCAUACCUACAAAAACUGUGAAAUUUUUUGAGCGUCCUUCUCCACCAAUGAGAAGUGACGAUACUCGGCUAUCUCAAAAUGCCUCUGGACUUCUGCGACGAACUCAGACUCCUGCCACACUUCCAGGCCACAAGGCUUCUCCAAUACCUUGUCCUCCAGACACUUUCCUUAAAGAUCUUCAGAAAGUUAUGGAAAAGAAAUGGAAGGUUGCGCAACAGUUAUCUGUUGAUUUGAGUGCAACACCAAAUGAAAUUCUUGGUUUUCGGGACCCAUGUUAUUUACCUCCUGUUUCUCAGUCUCAAACUUUGGGUCCACCUCCUCCACCACCCCCACCACAUACCAUGAGACCUAGAUCAUCUUCACAGAGUAAGCAGCGCAAAUCCUAUGAAGACUCGGCUACGCCAAAGAAACGACCACCUCCUCCACCUCCAAAGAGAAGUGAAACGACUCAAUUAUCUAACCGAUAAUUGUGAAUUUCAUUCUACUAUAGGGCUCAAUUUCGGUGCUCUGAUUAAGAAAACUCUCUUUGAGUUCUUCCAAGCUUUUUUGGUUACAUAUUCUCACUUUGGAAAAGUGUUUGCUGAAAAACAAACCUUUGAUAGGUUUAUGUGGAACUACUUUUCUUAUGCCAUUUUUUUAACCAUGACAGUUUUAUAAUAUUCAUUUUUACAAACUUUUGUCUGUGAAUGCAUUAAGAAAAAUUUGUAAUGGGAAGAUCUCUUCUUUUUCAUCAUAAUUCUUAUGAAUAAUAGUAUUUGUUGAGGUAUGUGACAAAUACUAUUCAUUUGUUUUUACUUUUUUUAGUCGAAAUGAUGCUUAUUUUCAAUGAAAGUAAAAAUAUUAAUUUAUUUUUAAAGAUAUUACAUUUUAGAGAAUAUGAACUUCAUUUGGCUUUCUUAGACCUUCAAAUUAAUAAAUUUUUUUAAGAAUCAUAUCUCAUUAUUCAAAAUUGUAACCAUAUGACCAGUUAAAAUGUGAUAUUGUAAAAUGCUCAACAUUGCAUUUCCUGAAUAUGCAAGAAUCAAAUUUUUAAUGGAAGAAAAAUUUAACCAAAAUUUUUAAUGUGUUAGAAUUAAGUGCUUGUUGCAGUCCCAGUAAUUUCAGCUCUGCUUUUUUUCAUUUUUAAUUUUCAUUCAAACAAAAAUAAUUGAUUUUGUAUAACAGUUAUUGGAAUUCACUUGUUGUAAUGAUGAAAAAGUAGGUCCAUUGUUUUUGUAAAAAUGGUACCACAAGGAAUUGUUUAAAAAGUAUUUCAAUAAAAUUAAUCAAGAAUUUUUUUCCCAAAUGUUAAUUAAGGCAUUGCUUUGUUAAGAAUAUCUUUCAGAUGCAUAUUAGUUACAGAAGUUUAUUUUUCCUGCAGACUGUUAUUUCAGUAUUGUUAAAAUAAAAAACUUGAUGAAUC